AUGGAGACCCAAAGCCAGCUUCCAUCCACACAGCUUCAGCUUAAAGGCACCACCUUCCUAAGAACUUGCAUCAAUGGAAUCAAUGCAUUAUCAGGUGUGGGGAUAUUAUCAAUUCCCUUUGCGCUUUCUCAAGGAGGGUGGCUUAGCUUGAUCCUUCUCUCCUUGGUGGCAGCUGUUUGUUGGUAUACGGGUCUACUUUUAAAGCGUUGUAUGGACGCAAAUCCAAGUGUGAGGACUUACCCUGACAUUGGGUGGUUGGCUUUUGGAUUCAAAGGAAAAAUAAUGGUGUCCGUUUUUGUUUACAUGGAGUUGUAUUUGGUGGCUGUUGAGUUCUUGAUAUUAGAAGGUGAUAAUCUACAGAAGCUUUUUCCAAGCUCGGGUUUCAAAGUUGGGAGUGUGAGUGUGGAAGGGAAGCAGAUGUACAUGGUGUUGGCUGCUGUUUUCAUACUGCCAACCACAUGGCUCAAGAGUUUGGGAUUGCUAGCUUAUGUUUCUUUUGGUGGGGUUUUGGCUUCUGUUGUUUUGGUUUUGUGUGUUGCUUGGGUUGGUGCUGUUGAUGGUGUUGGAUUUAACCAAAGAAAUGAGCUUUUGAAACUACAAGGAUUGCCCACCACUCUAAGCUUGUUUCUGUUUUGUUAUUGUGGACAUGCUGUUUUUCCAAUGCUUAGCAACUCCAUGAACAAUAAAACCCAAUUUCCAAAGGUUCUAAUGGUUUGCUUUGUGACAAGCACGAUGAGUUAUGGUUCGAUGGCUAUAUUGGGGUACCUAAUGUAUGGGGACAAUAUAAAGUCACAAGUGACUUUAAAUCUUCCAACGGACAAAACCAGCACAAAAGUAGCCAUUUACACGACCCUCAUCAACCCCAUCACCAAAUAUGCAGCCAUCAUAAACCCAAUUGCUAUUGCCAUAGAAGAGGCAUCUCGUUUGUUCGCCACUCGGAGCAUGGCCAUCCUCAUGAGAACUCUGCUUCUCUUCACCACCCUCAUUCUGGCUUUGUCCAUUCCCUUUUUUGCGUAUGUUAUGGCUUUUACAGGCGCAUUCUUAAGCGUAACCAAUGGCAUUCUCAUCCCAUGUUUAUGCUACCUCAAGAUCAACAAAUCUGCACGUAAAUUUGGAUGGGAGUUGGUGGUGAUUGUGGGAAUUUUAGUGAUGGGGUUUUCUGUUGGUAUCUUAGGAACAUGUUCUUCUAUUAAGGAAAUUGUAAAGCGUUUAUGAAAGAUUUUAACUUUCAGGUCACAA